UAACACAACUCGCACCGAAUCGAAUCGCGAAGAAAGCAACAGCAACGGCAACAGCAACAGCAAUAGGAAGAGCAACAGCAACAGCAACAGCAACCGCAACGGCAAUAGCAACAUCGGCGCAGGAACGAACUAGCCGCGCGCACUUUUUAUGUGCUCCCCGCAUAUAUACAUGCUGCUCUCCUCCGCUCCGUUCCGUUCUGCCCCGACUAUAUAAACAUAUGUAUAAUCAGAUACUGAUACAUAUAAAUGCUAGAAGUAUUUUUAAGCGUGUUGUUUCGCUUCACGCCGAUCCCGCUUCCUCGUUGCCGUUUCGCCGUUGCCGUUGACUUUUAACUUUCGCUUUUACUGUGUCGGCGUACGCGUUCGAUUGCUUUCGCUUUCUCACACCAGACCCACACAUCAAAUUCUUUGCAGCGCGCCAAAAAUAAGAGCAGAAGUUGCCACAAAAAUACCCAAUAAUACCCAACUGCAACACGCCGCAUCAUCAACGCCAGCAACAUCGACAACGCGACAGCAACAGCAACAGCAACAGCGACACCGAAACCCAAACAUAUAGGAGAUGGCCACGCAGCAGACGAAGUCGCAGGACGAGCUGGCCACCAAGGACCUGGUGUCCAAGCAGCCGGACAACAUCAAGGAGGAGGACGAGACCGAGGAGGACAUCGAUGAGGCGGCCGUGGUGGUGCCGCCGGACAGCGGCUGGGCCUGGGUGGUGAUGGUGGCCUCCUUCCUCUGCUGCACGGUGAUCGACGGCAUCGUCUUCUGCUCCCCGCUCAUCCAGCAGCAGCUGAUGGACGAGUUCAAGGUGGGAAAGGCACGCGUUGCCUUCGUGUCCUCGCUGCUCAGCGGCUGCUACCUGAUGGCCGGUCCCUUCGUGAGUGCGAUGGCCAACCGGUUCGGCUUCCGUCCGGUCACCAUAGUGGGCGCCAUCUUCGCGGCCGCCUGCUUCGGGCUGUCGUACUUCGCCACCAGCGUGGAGUACCUGUUCGUCAUCUACGGCAUCCUCGGCGGCAUCGGCUUCUGUAUGGUCUACAUCCCGGCGGUGGUGAUCAUCGGCUUCUACUUCGAGAAGUGGCGUGCCCUGGCCACCGGCGUGGCCAUGUGCGGCUCCGGCGUGGGCACCUUCGUCUUCGCCCCCCUCACCGAGAUCCUGCUGAAGAGCGGCUGGAGGCACACCCUGGCCGUCCAGGGACUCAUCGUGCUCUCGUGCGCUCUGUUUGGGCUGGCCUUCCGGCCCAUCCAGCCGAUCACGCUGUCAGUGACCAACGAGGAGGGCGACGAGCAGGAGAAGAGCAAGCUGAACGGGCACGGCAACACGGUGGCCCCCACCCCGCAGCUCCACCAGGCGGCCUUCACGAAGCCGCUGCCCGAGGGCAGGUUCGCCUACUCGAUGCCCAACUCGGCGCACAACACGUACAUGGGCGCCUCCCAGCGGCACCACUACCCCACCGCCCAGGAGAUCUUCAAGGGCAUGAACCUGGAGCGCCGGCCGUCGGGAACCGCCGGCCAGGGAUCCAAGGGAACCGAGCUGAAGCAGCUGAGGAAGUCGCAGCCGACGACGCCGAACGGGGAUCCCCAGCAGCUGACCUUCAACCUGCACAAGGAGCUGACCACCGUGGGCGAGAACGAGGAGGAGGCGGAGAACGACAACCUGCUGGAGACGGAGGCCAAGCCGGUGACCAUCCAGGCACGCCGGCACACCGUUUCCGGACGCCGGCCCCAGGACAUUGGCAAGCGAUCGGCGGCCGCCGCCCACGAGGCGCACCACGGACAGGCACACUCCUCCUCGAGGCCCAUGUACCGAGACGAUAUCUUCUUCACCGGCUCCCUGACCAGGAUUCCGCAGUACCAGUCGCAGACCUCGCUGGCCUACCACAUGUCCGUCACCCGGCUGCCCACCAAGCAGGACAUGCUGGAGGACCGCCAGAAGGGAUGCCGCAUCUGCCCGGAGGCAGUGCGCCGCACCCUUGCCACCAUGCUGGACACCUCGCUGCUCAAGUCGCCCGCCUUCAUGUGCCUGGCCUUCAGCGGCUUCCUGACCAUGAUGGGCUUCUUCGUGCCCUUCGCCUUCCUGGUGGAUCGGGCCAAGGACGCCGGCAUGGAUGAGCGGGCCGCCCUCGGCGUCCUCAGCGGCAUUGGCAUCGUGAACACCUUCGCUAGGAUCGUGUGCGGAUCGAUCAGCUCGUUCCCGGCCAUCAAGCCGCUCUGGCUGAACAACUUCGCCCUCACCGCCGGCGCCAUCGCCACCAUCUUCAGUGGCGAGGUGAUCACCGUGGGCACCCAGUGGACCUUCGCCCUCUUCUUCGGCAUCUGCAUCGCCUGCUUCUCGGCCCUGCGCUCCCUGAUCGCCGUCGAGCUGAUCGGCCUGGAGAAGCUGACCAACGCCUACGGAUUCCUUAUGCUCUUCCAGGGCAUCGCGGCCACCAUUGGCACUCCAAUUGCAGGAGUCCUGUACCAGAUGACGGAGAGCUUCAACAUGGCCUUCUACUUCGCCGGCGGCCUGAUCCUGCUGUCGGCCUUCCUGUGCUACCCGCUCACCUGUGUCAGCAGGUGGGAGGAGCGGCGGAACGCGAAGCUGACGCCCCUGCCGGCGGCCUAAGGAGCUGCGGGAGCUGGAGCUGGAGCGAUUGGAGGAGACCUGCCGGACAGCCUGAACACCUUGUCAUCGCAGCCACGAGCACGUAACUCCGAGGGCAUCUUCGGGGGUCUUUGGCCCCGCCAGGGGCCGAUCAUCAAUCAGCCCGAGAAGGGGUCGGCGGAGUUCCCGAUCCCGGAGAGGGGAGCGAGCGCGGAAGCGUGUUCCGAGUACUUGAUACGUUAAGAUUAGACUAAGCGUAAUGUUGUGCCUUCAGCGAUAUCGAGUGCCUAUCAUACACAAACACCACAUACACCAACACACACACACAAACACACCACCUUAGCCCAGAACACACGCAUAACAGCCGAGUUGGGCGGGUGCAAUUAUGUUUCUAUAAGCUUUAGUGGAGGAGCCCGGAGGCGGGGCUAGAAUUUAGCAGCUAGGCUAAGCGGAGGAUCGGAGCAGGAGGAGGAGGAGGACCGAACACAUUAUUAAUAUUAUUAUGUUAGCCGUAAGCAGCUCUAUGGCUGGGCCACAAGUCGACUGCCAAGUUAGGAAUCGUUUGUUGAGUUAUUUAACAUGAUAGGGAACGAGAGCAUUUGUUUACCUUAUAAGACGUACGUACGGUACUGCACCGCCACCACGGACUUGUUACAUAGCUAGCUAGAUAUACGUUUAUCAAUCAAUCAAUUAAACUAAAGACGCGGCCAGCCGAUCCGUCGAGCGAUCGCUUGGGCGGGGUUAAUGCACCCGCCGCCGGUCCCGAUGGGAUUAGCCGAUCGUGGACAAAACAAAACAAACAAACAAUCAGACCCACGAUGAGGCAUCUGGUACGAGUGCUGUGCUCUUAUGCAAACAGAUUUAUAUAUUACACGAUUCAGAUACAGAUACAGAUACAAAUACAGAAACAGAAACAAACCACGGACCGCUACAUACUCAGCACGUUGAGUGCGUUUCGCGUUUACGUUUAUCAACUACAAUUACAUUAACACUGAAUGAAUAAUUUGUAUUACAUUUAAAUUAAUGAGUUUACAUUGCAUUGCAUGCGACAUAAGGUUACACUUCAUAAACAAUAAAGACGAUUCAGUAAUACAAACUAA